UUUUACGUCACACACCAUGGAUGGUUGGUUCUACUCCAUAUUGCAGUGACAAUCGAGGUACGAAAAAGGACCCAGAGGUUUUUAGCACGCUCAUUAAUAAAGAUGUCCGCUAAUAACCCCGUGCUGAACAGGUUGGAGCAAAGGACCAUGGAAGCUGACGAGAUUAUUGAAUACCUGAAGCAGCAAGUUCUCCUGCUGAAGGAAAAAGCCAUCUUGCAGGCCUCCAUUCGAGAGGAAAAAAAACUUAGAGUGGAAAAUGCUAAACUGAAAAAGGAUGUUGAGGAACUGAAAAAACAGCUGAUCGAGAAAGAAAAAAGUAAUGGAGUUAAACAGAUUGCAGUUCCUACAGCGGCUGCUGUCCAGUCCAGUUCCAAAGUGCUUGUCUCCGAAACUGUGAAACCAGCUACCUCCGCAGCUCCAGCAGUACUGGCCAACAAAGAAAAGGCUCAGAAAGAGAAUGAGGACAAGAAGAAGAAGAAAGGAGAAAACAAGAAGUCUAUAGGGGGGGAGGAUGACUCCAAGCCAGUUGACGUAACUCGGCUUGACCUGCGUGUUGGCAGGAUCAUGACGGCGAAGAAACAUCCUGAUGCUGAUUCUCUGUAUGUGGAAGAGGUAGAUGUGGGAGAAGCAACUCUCAGGACUGUCGUCAGCGGCCUAGUGAAACAUGUGCCCAUAGAACAGAUGCAAAACAGGAUGGCUGUACUCCUUUGCAAUCUGAAGGCUGCCAAGAUGAGGGGGGUAGUAUCGCAGGCCAUGGUGAUGUGUGCCAGUUCACCUGACAAGGUGGAGAUCCUUGACCCUCCCAGCGGAGCUGUACCUGGGGACAGGGUCACCUUUGAGGGCUUUCCUGGUGAACCUGACAAGGAACUGAACCCCAAGAAGAAGGUCUGGGAGCAGAUCCAGCCUGACCUCCGCACUGAUGGCCAGUGCGUCGCAACAUACAAGGGGGCAGCCUUUGAAAUCAAAGGCAAGGGGGUCUGCAAAGCUCAGACCAUGAGCAACAGUGGAAUUAAGUAAAAAAAAAAAAAAAAAAAAAAAAAAAAAAGGGGAGGUUUUACCUUCAACAACAAUUGAUGUGCCAGAAUAAAGGGGAUCCUCAAACUGGGGUUAAUGACUGUAGGUCAAGCACAAUAAAGAUUUUGAAAAUCCAAA